CAAAACCCACCAAACUCAAACCCAAUUACUCAAAACCCAAAAACAAAACCCAAAGCCCAGUUAACAAAAAAAAAAAGAAAAAAGAAAUGGAUCUGGAACCUUCUUCCUCCUCGCCCGAAUUUCUCCUUUUCCUUCCCUCCCCAAAACCAGCCAACAGCUUCCUCCCAAACCAGCCGGCGGCCACGUGCCCAGCCAUCACCAUGCCCUACUCCCCCUCUCACCGAGCCUGUGCCCCUACCCCCCCUUUUGCGCGAACCAGCUCCCUCUGCUCUCUGCGCCCAAUCACCAGCCCUGCACUGAGCCCGCCUGCUGCACCAGCUCUGCACGCCCGAGCCAUCAUCGCCCCUCGCACGCCCGGCCUUGCUCUACCCUACCCCCUGCCACACCUGCGCCUCUGCUGCUGCACUGAACGAGCCCUGCACUGAGCCCGCCUGCUGCACCAGCUCUGCACGUCCCCUGCCUUCUGCACACCCCUACUCUGCACCAACCAUGCGCCUUGCUUGCUGCGCGCCCCUACGCUGCUGCAUCCCUACACUGAUUACCCCCUCUUGCUUCCUGCUUCGCUGUGUUGAUCUGCACUCAUCACUCACCUCUUCCCCGAACCAAUCGCCAGCCGGUCUGCACUCAUCACCUUGCCUCUUCCCCGAACCAAUCACUUGCGCCCAAUCGUGCAAUCCCUGGCUGCAACGCAAUCCUGCAACCCGAUCUGGUACCUGCUCUGGUUGUCCGAUUCUCCUUGGCAGCAAGAUGAAGCUCGGUCCUUGAGGGGUAUAAAUAGAGGGUUUUGGUUAGAAGGAAGGGGGUUUUUUUUUCCUGGCUUGUUUUUAAAGGUGGUGUGGUGUUGACGCAAGGAGAACAUUUUUUGGAGGUCGACGGUGAUUGAAAAGAGGCUUAUUUUUCUGCGUCUGUUUCUUGUGCCUUAGGUAAUUUCUGAACAGAGGAAUUUUUGGGAAGAGCCGUGAGGGAGAAGAAGGGAGCUUGAUCCCGUGGGUGGGAUCCCUUCCUUCGGAUCUCAAUCUACUUUUUUCCCAGAAAUUUCACCUUGUUUGAUUUUGAUUCUCAUAGAGUUUUGCUUGAUUAAAACUGUACUAGAUGAUGAUACUGCAAUUGAAAUCAAGCAUUUUUGUUGAA